AAGUCUUUUUCUUUUAACGGAUUGCUUAGUUGCAAGAAAUAGACAAAAUAUCAGUGUGUGAAUCACAGCAAAUCCUUAUUCCAUGCUGCUAUGGGUGAAACUCUGGGAGAUUCUCUCGUUGACCCAGAGGGCAGUUCCUUCACUGGUACACUGUCUGCAAGCACUUCACAAGGAAUUACCAUGGUUGACACAGAGAUGCCCUUUUGGCCCACCAACUUUGGAAUUGGCUCCAUGGACCUCUCUGUAAUGGAUGAUCACUCUCACUCUUUUGACAUCAAGCCCUUCACCACUGUUGAUUUCUCCAGCCUUUCUGCUCCACACUAUGAAGACAUUCCCUUCACAAGAGCAGACCCAAUGGUGCCUGACUAUAAGUAUGACCUGAAGCUCCAAGACUAUCAAAGUGCAAUCAAAGUGGAGCCUGCCUCCCCGCCUUACUAUUCUGAAAAGACUCAGCUCUAUAAUAAACCUCAUGAAGAGCCUUCCAACUCCCUCAUGGCAAUUGAAUGUCGUGUCUGUGGAGAUAAAGCUUCUGGCUUCCACUAUGGAGUUCAUGCUUGUGAAGGAUGCAAGGGUUUUUUCCGGAGGACAAUCAGAUUGAAGCUUAUUUAUGAUAGAUGUGACCUGAACUGUCGGAUCCACAAAAAAAGUAGAAAUAAAUGUCAGUACUGUCGGUUUCAGAAAUGUCUUGCUGUGGGAAUGUCUCAUAAUGCCAUCAGGUUUGGGCGGAUGCCACAGGCCGAGAAGGAGAAGCUGUUGGCGGAGAUCUCCAGUGACAUCGACCAGCUGAACCCAGAGUCUGCUGAUCUCCGGUCCCUGGCCAAGCACUUGUAUGACUCAUACAUAAAGUCCUUCCCGCUGACCAAAGCAAAGGCGAGGGCCAUCUUGACAGGAAAGACAACAGACAAAUCACCAUUUGUUAUCUAUGACAUGAAUUCCUUAAUGAUGGGAGAAGAUAAAAUCAAGUUCAAACACAUCACCCCCUUGCAGGAGCAGAGCAAAGAGGUGGCCAUUCGCAUCUUUCAGGGGUGUCAGUUCCGCUCGGUGGAGGCUGUGCAAGAGAUCACAGAGUAUGCCAAAAGCAUUCCUGGUUUUGUGAACCUUGACUUGAAUGACCAAGUAACUCUCCUGAAGUAUGGCGUCCAUGAGAUAAUAUACACGAUGCUGGCAUCCUUGAUGAAUAAAGAUGGGGUUCUCAUUUCAGAGGGCCAAGGAUUCAUGACCAGGGAGUUUCUAAAGAGCCUGCGGAAGCCCUUUGGUGACUUUAUGGAGCCCAAGUUUGAGUUUGCUGUGAAAUUCAAUGCACUGGAAUUAGAUGACAGCGACUUGGCAAUAUUUAUAGCUGUCAUUAUUCUUAGUGGAGACCGCCCAGGUUUGCUGAAUGUGAGGCCCAUCGAGGACAUACAAGACAACUUGCUGCAAGCCUUGGAGCUCCAGCUCAAGCUGAACCACCCCGAGUCCUCUCAGCUGUUUGCCAAGCUGCUCCAGAAAAUGACAGACCUCAGGCAGAUUGUAACAGAACACGUGCAGCUAUUGCAAGUCAUAAAGAAAACAGAGACGGACAUGAGUCUUCACCCACUCCUACAAGAGAUCUACAAGGACUUAUAUUAGCAAAGAAGUCCGAGAUCACUGACCAAGUUUUCUUCUUCAAAUUGCACUAUUAUUUUGAGGGAAAAUCUGACACCUAAGAAAUUUACUGUGAAAAAAAGCAUUUUACAAAGAAAAAGUUUUAGAAUAAUAGAUCUAUUUUAAGCAUAUUGUUUAUAAAGAUACAUUUACAAUUUACUUUUAAUAUUAAAAAUUACCAUAUUAUGAAA